CAGGCACCAAGGAACCAACCGCGGCUGCUGCUGUUACCUCUCUCUUGCUUCCACUUGCUGCUGCUAUUUACAUCUCAUAUCGAGUGUCUACAUACAUAUCUAUCUAUGUGUGCAUACCAUAAUCAUUCAUCAUCUCCAUCUUUAUCAGAAUACAACUCACCCCGUCAUCUACCUACCAGUUAUCCAUCCAUCACGCGCGUACUCUGCACAUCUAUGAUUCCCUAUUAUUUCAUCCAUCCCGUCAUCCCCUUUCUUCUCCUUCUCCUUCUCCUUCUCCCUCACCCUCUCUCUUUCUUUCAAUUCUCCAACCAUUCACAUUCUCCCCCUUCGACCAUCUUCCCAACGCUUACCCGUGCCGUCUUCGUUCAAUCUUCGGCUAAAAGAACCCAGAAACCCCGUCACGAGGCUGUCCAACUGUUCCUUCGCUACACGUCUACAACCACCACCAACAUCCUAGCAGCCGCAACCCCAGAAGCAGUUAUCCGAAAUCAUCCAAGAAAAGAAUGAACCCCACGCGAGCGCAUAUUCGACGCCACAGAAUAAACCCCGUUUGGAUAUGAUUAGCCACACCCACGUCAACCACGUCAACCAAAGAUGCAAUGCAGAUGCCCUUAUUAUCAAAUCCUUGUUUUAUCCGCCAACCCUCCCUCUUCACAGCAAACCUUCGUCCCUGCCAAGAACCUCAACCCGCGUCAUGAUUCUCCAUCUUGAUCCUUGCUGAUUUCGUUCAACAAAUGCUGACGACACAUCAUUCAUCAAUCACUCUCGCGCAGAUUGCAUCGCAUCACAUUGCCAGUCCGCACGCCCCCCUUUGAUUCGCUUUCGACUUUGAUUUGGUAUAUUCAAAAAAAUGCACUCCCAUCUCCGAACCCUCGCUUGAGUCCCGUCACAUCGGCCCUUGUCGUCGUCAUGUGCCCAGCUUGCCUCUCUGAACACGUCUUUUCCUCGUCAUAUGCUCAAAACGCUCAUUCCGCCAAAGAAUCACAACCCAUCGUGCGUCGUCGUUCCUUUCCCAUGCUAAUGCCUGAAAUGCAAUGAGCCAUCGCCCCUGCAAUGCUAGAUCCGAAUCCCACAUGGUCAAAUACAUAUGCUGCCUGACUUGCUUC